CGAACAGUUGACCAAACACCUAUCCUUCGCCAACACAACAAAUACUACGCCGCUCUCUCUCUCUCUACGUCCCCUAAAACUCAAAAGCAAGCACCAUGCCUUCUUCCCCCAAACCUCUUCUCCCUCCCCUCACUCUCUCUCCAUUCCUCACCAUCCUCUUCUCCUUCCUCCCUCCUUGCACCGCCUCUCCCAUCCCCAACUGCUCCCCCUCAACCUGCGGCAACUCCACCAUCCAAAUCCCUUACCCUUUCUGGCUUGCCCAAAACCCUCUCUCUACGUUCUGCGGCUAUCCUGAUCUCAUGCUCCACUGCGUCGACAAUAACACCAUCCUCUCACUCCCCGACGCCGGCAACUACACAGUCACCGCCUUCAACAUCUCCUCGCAAACUCUUUCUCUUCUCGACACCGCUGCCAUUGCCGAUCAAACCUGCCCCCAACCGCUUCGCAACCUAUCCAUCUACUCCAAUUUUUAUAACUCCACUCUCUCCUUCACCUCGGAAGACACCCAACUCUUCUUCUAUUACAACUGCUCUAAAACAGCCUCUCUGGCUGUUCCUUUGCGGUGCAAAGGAGGAAAAUCUUCGUACGCAGUGGCGGUUGAUUUAGGGGUGACGUCAGCUGCAGAUUGUGAGGAGAAUGUGGUGGCGCCGGUGAUGCAUGCCUCGGCGGUGGGGACCGAUAGAUUUUUCUAUGGAGAUGUGGUGGGAGUGGUUAAGCUAGGGUUUCGGAUGCAUUGGGAUGGGGGCGGCGGUGAUGAAUGCCGGAGGUGUGAGGGCUCCGCUGGGUUAUGUGGGCGGGGACCGAAGGGCUUCGUUUGCUUUUGUGAAAGCGGUAUCAGCGACAAGGAUUGCGGUGAAGGGAAAGUUUCGGGUACGUUGACUUUUGAUUUUGUUUGCUUUGAAAUAUGUUUUUUUGAAGUAUGAU